AAUAUUGUGGAAUUCCGUUUCCGUCCCAGGAGAUUUUUCUUCAGCGAUCCUACAGGAGCUUAAAGACACAAUAAAGAGUUUAGUUUUGUUUUUAAAGGUUAAAUGAUGGCGUCGUCUCCUCAGAAAUCUCCGUCGUCUCCCACACCGCUGUCUCCGAGCUUCAGGAAGAAAGAUGAGACUUUUCUCGGGAAACUCGGGGGAACUUUAGUCAGAAGGAAAAAGGCGAAAGAAGUGUCGGAGCUGCAGGAGGAAGGCAUGAACGCCAUCAAUCUGCCCCUGAGUCCCACACCGUACGAGCUGCAUCCUGAAGACACCAUGCUGGAGGAGAACGAGGUUCGCACCAUGAUGGACCCCAACUCUAAGAACAACAGCAAGCUACAGGAGCUGACGAAGGUUCUCGUCGACUGGAUCAACGACGUGCUGGUCGGCGAGAGGAUCAUCGUUAAGGACCUGGCAGAGGAUCUGUACGACGGACAAGUUCUGCAGAAGCUCUUCGAGAAGCUGGAGGGAGAGAAGCUGAACGUGGCCGAGGUCACGCAGUCGGAGAUCGCUCAGAAGCAGAAGCUCCAGACGGUCCUCGAGCGCAUCAACGAGGUUCUCAACGUCUCCCUCAGAAACACCAAGUGGAACGUCGACUCUGUUCAUGCUAAAAGCAUGGUGGCCAUCCUGCACCUCCUGGUGGCGCUGUCUCAGCACUUCAGAGCUCCGAUCCGACUCCCUGACCACGUCUCCAUCCAGGUGGUGGUGGUUCAGAAACGGGAGGGAAUCCUGCAGUCCCGUCAGGUUCAAGAGGAAAUCACAGGCAACACUGAGGCCUUAUCCGGCCGACACGAGCGUGAUGCGUUCGACACCUUGUUCGAUCACGCCCCUGACAAACUGAGUGUGGUGAAGAAGACGCUCAUCACAUUCGUCAACAAACACCUGAACAAGCUGAACCUGGAGGUGGCUGAGCUGGACACACAGUUUGCAGAUGGUGUGUACCUUGUGCUCCUGAUGGGACUCCUAGAAGGAUACUUCGUAGUGCUCUACAAUUUCUUCCUCACCCCCGAGAACUUUGAGCAGAAGGUCCAUAACGUGUCCUUCGCCUUCGAGCUGAUGCAGGACGGUGGCCUGGAGAGACCAAAACCAAGGGCAGAGGACAUCGUGAACUGUGACCUGAAGUCGACUCUGCGCGUUCUGUACAACCUCUUCACCCGGUACAGACACGUGGAGUGAUGGAGAUUUCAGUCUGCGGUUCAGUUUGGGAGAAUCGACACCACAGGGAUUUAUAAUGGUGUGUGUGUGUGUGUGUAAGAGAGAGUGAGACUGUGUGUGUGUGUAUGUAAGAGAGAGUGAGACUGUGUGUGUGUAUGUAAGAGAGAGUGAGACUGUGUGUGUGUAAGAGAGAGUGAGACUGUGUGUGUGUAAGAGAGAGUGAGACUGUGUGUGUGUAUGUAAGAGAGAGUGAGACUGUGUGUGUGUAAGAGAGAGUGAGACUGUGUGUGUGUGAAAGAGAGUGAGACUGUGUGAAAGAGAGUGAGACUGUGUGAAAGAGAGUGAGACUGUGUGAAAGAGAGUGAGACUGUGUGAAAGAGAGUGAGACUGUGAAAGAGAGUGAGACUGUGCGAAAGAGAGUGAGACUGUGCGAAAGAGAGUGAGACUGUGCGAAAGAGGGUGAGACUGUGCGAAAGAGAGUGAGACUGUGCGAAAGAGAGUGAGACUGUGUGAAAGAGAGUGAGACUGUGUGAAAGAGAGUGAGACUGUGUGAAAGAGAGUGAGACUGUGUGUGUAUGUGUGAAAGAGAGAGUGAGACUGUGUGUGUGUGUGUGAAAGAGAGCGUGAGACUGUGUGUGUGUGUGUGUGAAAGAGAGCGUGAGACUGUGUGUGUGUGAGAAAGAGAGCGUGAGACUGUGUGUGUGUGUGUGAAAGAGAGAGUGAGACUGUGUGUGUGUGUGUGAAAGAGAGAGUGAGACUGUGUGUGUGUGUGCGCGUGUGGGAGGGAGAGAGAGAGUGAGACUGUGUGUGUGUGUGCGUGUGAUUGAGAAUCUCUAAAGUGCGCUGGGUUUCUUCUUCACUCCAAAGAGUCUGAUACAUUUAUAUAAACCUCUCUAUAUAUAUAAGCAGAUAUUUCUAUGCUGUUGAGACAGAACAGUGUCGUGUAAGUGUGUAAGUGUGUGUGAUUAUUACGAGAACCAUUUCAGGACCUUUUUAUAAUUCCUUUUAUAAACACAGCCGAGUGAAACGAAACGAUCCUUCACUCGAGCUCCAGAGAUACGAUACCAAGACAGAUCAGGUGUGUGUUUGCUUUUCUUUGUGUAGCUGUAGAUACUUGUGUGGUUAAAGUACUGGGAUAAACUUGACCAAAUUUGACUGAAUAAAUAAACUUUAAAUGAUUUCAUUACCAA